AUUCCUUUUUCACGGACGGAUCUGUGAUGGAUGGACAUUCCGGAUAUGGCGUUUUCAACACAGAUCAUCGCAUAUCUCGCAAACUGGCACAGCCCUGCUCCAUAUACGUAGCUGAAUUAGCUGCCAUACACAAUUCGCUGCGAAUUAUCGAGCUCAAGACACCAGACAAUUACUUCAUCUUCUCGGACAGCCUCAGUUCUAUCGAAGCUCUCCGAUCGAUUAAACCGGUCAAGCACCCGUCCUAUUUCCUUCCGGAAAUUAGACGGAUAUUAGAAGUGCUGGUUGAUCGGUCUUUCAUUAUCUGCUUUGUGUGGGUCCCCUCUCAUUGCUCAAUCCCAGACAAUGAAGAAGCUGAUUUAUUAGCAAAAAGGGGUGCCAUAGAUGGAGAUAUAUUUGAUAGACCGAUCACCUAUACCGAGUAUUUUCAUCUGCCCCGACAACUGGCUCUGGAAAACUGGCAGGAAAAGUGGAAUAAAGACGACCUUGGGCGAUGGAUGCACUCGAUCUCGCCCAAAGUGUCUACAAAAGCUUGGUUCAAAGGGUUAGAUUUAACUCGUGAUUUCAUUCGAGUUAUUUCGCGCCUAAUGUCCAAUCACUAUGUUGCAAACGCACACCUCUAUCGAAUAAACUUAGUCGAUAGUAAUCUGUGCGAAUGUGGAGGGUACGAAGAUAUUGACCACAUAGUCUUCGUAUGCCCUAAGUACCACAGAGCAAGGGCCAAGCUUAUAGAUUCUCUCCGGAAACAGGAAGUGACGUUUACAAUGCAAGUACGGGAUGUGCUUGCUAGCCGCAACCCCGCGCUUAAACAUGAAUCAUCGCUUCUUUUUGAGAGACAUGAUCCACCGAACUUAGAUUUUGAUUUCAAAGAGAUAAGAAACCAUCACCCUCAACGAAUAGUAGUAAGGAUUAGUAUUUAGUUAUAAAGAGAAAAACUUUGAUGUUAAUGUUAGUCGUAAGCUUAAAUGACAUGUAUUUUUAAAUUGUAUUUUUAAAAGAGAAAAGAUGAGAGGGUUUUUAUGCCUGUUUGAGGAGGAGCAGUCGGGAUACAGGCUCUACUCAAGCUGGCUUUUCCCUACUCCAAAAGAUAUUCGGCCCCGUUAUGCUUCGCGGUUGGGCCUAAAUAAAUAUUAGAGUUAAAAAA